AGUCUCAUGUUGAACGAUAGUACGUGUACAGUGUUUCAAUUCGCGGGCGUCGAAAAUCGUUUUUGUCUGUUUGACAAUCAACAAUUCAGCGAUAACAGUUCAGUACUGGUUGUGUAAUGUUUAUUCUUGUAAUAAACAAGAAAAAUUAGAAUAUAUUUUAAAGUCGAUUGUGCCGAAUUUGCGUUGAAUUUUUGGUAUUUUCCGAAGAUUUACUGCGAAGAAGCCAUAUGCACAGAUAUUCUGUGUCAAGAGGGAAUAUUUUGCAUGAUUUGGCAAGUUCAACACCCAAGAGAGCGAUAGAGUAUCGUUUAAUGUGAAAUAAUGCAUAAAAUCGUGCUUAAAUAUGUUCAAUUAUUUUGCAUCGCACUAUUUUUUGAUAACGUUAGCUGUGACAACAUUUCGUUGGAGGCAUCGCGAAAUGAUAUGUUGUUAAACCAAGAAGUUGGCUGCACGGCUGCAUGCAUGCAAACAAAUUCAACGGCGGUUUUAUCAAACUGUCACGAUAUAUGCAAAAUGAGCAAUAAAACGGUAAAAUUGCAAGAAAUUGAUGGCAACGAAACAGUUCGGUUGAUAUGUCGAGAAGAUGAUUCAUUGACCAUUGAACUGAGCAAUGACAUGAUUCCAAAACCCAUUGAGAAUGAGAAUCAACAACGACAAUUCAAAGGAUCAUUAUUCUUGUUUAAAUUACAAGAAAAUAAUAUCGAAUCUCCACAACGAAUUGUUUACAUUACCGACUCACCGAUUGUUAGAAUCGAAAAUUUGCAGCAAAACACCACCUAUAAUGUGACGGCAAGCAUUUUCAACGGUAACUUAGAAUAUCGGCACCUGACUCACAUGUGGUCAUUCAAAACACUAGAGACAGACAAAUACGUACCCAUGAAGAUAUCGAACGAUUCGAUUAAAUUGAAAUAUGCACCAGAUAAUGAUUUGGGCAAACUGAUAACAACCAUUGAAUGGGAACCAGCCGAAGAUAUGGUUUGUAACUAUUUCUUCCAUUUAUAUUCAACGAACGGAGACACUUAUUCAGCUUUAUCCAGUCAAGUUUUCCGAAUGUUGAAGCCAUCUGAGUUGUACCAUUUAACGAUGGACAUGCUAAAGUUUGAUACAGAAUAUGUUCUGGAAAUUCACGGGAACAAUGCAAAGAAUGAACUGAUCGAAGGAGAUAAGAGUAGCUUGGAGUUCAUCACACCGACUUGCUGGCAAGUCCAUGAGUAUAGUCUACAGAAGUGUAGGCCACCUCCUUUAGUCAAUAUAAAUUCCACGUAUGAGUUGAUUGAAAGCGAUUUCUACCGGAUAAAUGUAACAUGGGAUUUGCCAAAGCACCAGCCCGAUUACUAUAAUGUAUCAUUGAAUCUAAACUCGAAAGGCAUUCAUGUAUCACAAAAUGUUUCGGGUUCGGAUAGCUAUGCGUUUUUUCCUGAAGUCAAUAUUUCGGAUAUACACUAUGAUGUAACGAUUAUGGCAUAUUCAUCGGGUGGUCAAACUCUAAAUCCAAGUGUAUGCUUCAACCUGAAACAUUCGAACUUUUUCAUACAAUACAAACGAAUUCUCAUUGUGAUUGGCAUUCUGUCACCAUUCGUCGUUUUGUUGAGCGUUUCGUUUAUAUUCGUUGUUAUUCAAAAUCGACGCAAUCGACUGAGGCACAAAAAGGAUAUCUUUUCCAAGGAAAUGUAUCUACGCAAAUUGAUCCAUUCGCACAACAAAGAUGAGAUGGAAAUUGAACCAACCAACGUUGAAUUGUUUGAAGUUCUUGGCGAAGGAGCAUUUGGGAUUGUGCGAAAGGGACUUUUGAAACCAACAAGCAAAGCUAUCGCUGUGAAGAUGUUGAAAGAAAAUGCUGGCAUCGAAGAUAUCAAAGGCUUUCUAAGUGAGAUCACGCUAAUGAAAUCAGUUGGGCAUCAUGAAAACAUCGUUGGAAUUGUUGGCCAUUCAACCAAAUUAUACAAUAAAAUGAUGCUGCUCACCGAAUAUUGCAGCGAGGGAAAUUUGUUGGACUAUUUGAGGAAAUUCCGUGAAGCCUUUUCACCUGAACAAUUCUACUUGACCACACAAACGGGCGUUAUGACAUUUUCGGCGUUCGAAAAAUCACCAGAAGAUUUAUUCAACUUCAAUUCGAAGUCGGUUGAUAAAAUCACGCUCAAAGACAGAUCGAUGUCAACAAUCGAUCCAAAGAAUAUGCUCGGAGCGAAUGAGCAACAUAUCCAAUAUCCUAAAUCAAAUAUGCAGAAUAUUAUCUUCAAUAGACUGUACGACGAACAUGCAUUGGAAGAGCCAAAGUGUGAAAAACAACAUUCUUGCAAUAUUUCGUACGAAAAUGAAAUCGAUAACGCGACAAAAGCAAACGAUUGCAAUUGCUCACAUUUCAAUGAAGUAAAUCAUAACAAAGUGAAUCGCAAAUGUACAAAUAAACCGAAAAAUCUCACAAAGAAUGGAGAAGGUGUUGUAAAUCCAGAGGUGCUACUCUUUGCAGAAAAUCAAGCGUAUGAUCUGUUAGUUUCGUCUGAAAAUGGCAUCCAGUCGAAAUCGUUUAACAACGAUGAGCAUGAAAUGAAACCGCUAAAAGCUGAUCAACACAACGCAUUGCCAUACCUCACCGGAAGAGAUCUCUUGAUGUUUGCCAAGCAAAUCGCAACUGGCAUGGCAUUUUUGGCAAACAAUAAAAUUGUGCAUCGAGAUCUAGCUGCACGAAAUGUUCUAGUGUGUACUGACAAAACGGUUAAAAUCGCUGAUUUCGGCCUAAGCCGCGAUAUUUAUGUGGAUAACAUAUAUAUGAAAGCGACAGCAGGACGACUUCCAAUCAAGUGGUUGGCUCUGGAAUCGAUGACCGAUCAAAAAUACACCAGUCAAAGUGAUGUGUGGUCCUACGGAAUUUUGUUGUAUGAGAUUGUGACAUUGGGCUGUACACCAUAUCCAACAGUCCCAGUUGAUUGCUUGGUUAAUUAUCUAAAGUCUGGAAAUCGCAUGUCAAAGCCCCACAAUUGCAGCCAAGAAUUCUAUGAUUUAAUGUUUUCCUGUUGGCAUUGUGAGCCAGGCGAUCGGCCCACAUUUAAUGAGAUACUACGCAAAAUCGAUUGGUUCAUUCAUCAAUCCGACACGAAUGGAGUGCUUCGCGUUGAAAAAUUGGAUAAAAAUAAUUGGUCAAAUGAGCCAAUCAAAAUAGAAAACACAUGCAGCAGUUCAUCUUACUUAAAUCCGUUAUAGAAGAAAUCUUGACAAUUUUAAAUACAAUUUCAUACCAAACUUUGAAGCUUUAUAAGGAGAAACGUUUUUUUUUAUGAAUGCAUUGAAGAAAAUAUAAAACAAAUUUAAUCAAACUGCAUAAAA